GACACGGAGACACAGAGAGAUCAUCAGCAUCCCCAAAAACUUUGAACAGAAGUGUUUGAUCUUGGCAGAGCUCAGGUGAGAGACCGUACCUGACUGGAGAGAGAGAGAGAGAGAGAGAGAGAGAUGAUGGCGAUGACACACACUCCCGCGAGCCUCGAGUUCACCGCACCGCGCGUCUCCAUGAAAGACAGAAUGGUGGCGAUGUCUCCUGGAGAGGACGGUCUGAUCGGGAUCCCAUUCCCUGAGCACAGCAAUGAGCUCUUGUCGCGCCUCAAUGCUCAGCGGCGCUCUGGCCUGCUCUGUGACCUGACACUGACCUCCCGUGGUGCUCGCUACCCCACACACCGGGCCGUCAUGGCCGCCGUCAGCCUGUAUUUUCGGCGCCUGUUUGGGGCAGAGGAAGUGGGUGAGGCUGGUGAGGUGAGUGAUGGCUGCAGCGUGUGCCAGCUGGACUGUGUGUCCCCAGACGCUCUGGAUGCUCUGCUAGAGUUUGCUUAUACAGCUACAUUAACAAUUCGCUCAUCUGGCAUGCGCGAAGUUCUUGAGGGGGCACAGUUGCUUGGCAUCCAGUGCGUAGCUGAUGCCUGCCGCCACAUCUUGGGUGAAGUGGGCGAGAGUGGAGAGCUGGGUGGGGAGGGUGGAGAACUGGGUGGGGGGGCUGAAUUGGGAGUGGCCAACAAGGAAAAAGCAAGGCAGGUCCACAACAAACAAAAAACACCAUCACGCAGAAAACAAGACCGUCGCAGCUUAGAAAAGGCAGUGUCACCUGUACAUCUGGCAUGGAACACACAAUCCCAGGAGGACAAGCCCAAAUGUGAAGCUCUACCACCACCUGAGAAUAAACCACGCCUACCACAGAAUGGAGCUUCACAAAGUGUGCUCAUGAAUGGAGGAGCGCAUUGGCCUCCGCAGCCACCUGAAGAGGAGGAUGAGUCAAAACCUGAGGGUCUCACGCCACCUCGGAACCACACCCCCUCUCAGGCUGAAUCCACCGUAAGUGGAGCAGUAGAGGGUGUAGCCAGGAAGAGGAAGUCUCAGGCCCCUCAGCAGUGCCCUGUCUGCCAGAAGAUAAUCCAUGGAGCAGGAAAGCUUCCUCGUCACAUGAGGACACACACAGGCGAGAAACCAUUUCAGUGUAUGACCUGUGGUGUACGCUUCACACGGAACGAUAAGCUGAAGAUCCACAUGCGGAAACACACAGGCGAGCGGCCGUACUCUUGCCCCAGCUGCCCAGCCCGCUUCCUGCACUCCUAUGACCUGAAGAACCACUUGUCCCUGCACAGCGGGGUGCGGCCCUUCGAGUGCCCGCUCUGCCACAAAGCCUUCGCCCGCGAGGAUCACCUGCAGCGCCACCGUAAGGGCAUGGCCUGCCUUGAGCUUCAUCCACGUCUGGAGCUCCGCCCACGCCGUGCUCGCCACGCUGCCUCUCCGCACUCCCCAACGUCGCCAGCAUCAUUAUCUCCAACGUCCUCUUCAUCCACGGCGCCACACUUCCUGUUCCGGGAGGACGUGGAGAAACCAGGCGCUCCAUCACAUGGCCCAUUGACCCCUGGAGGAAUGGUAUAUCCCAGAAUCCUCCAGUGGAGGGUGAUGGAUGAAAGGGGAGGCACAGGAUGGAGGGAGGAUGAGGAUGAGUCUUAGUGUGUUUUAUGUGGGUGGGGGGUGGGGGGUGUAUCAUUUGUUGAGGCUAUGCAUCUAAUUAAAGACCAGCUUAAUGAAACAAUAACUAUAUAUAUAUAUAUAUAUAUAACAAUCUGAAUUCGGAGAAACGGGUACUUUUGCUUUCUUUUUAAUGUAGUUUUUAGUAAAUGGGCUUAAUUUUGUUUUUGUGUGUGACGCCAGAGUGACGGGGCUUUGGUUUUCUCCUUAGCUUUGUGUCUUUAAGUCUUUAGUUUUAAUUCGCAUAAAUUAAUAACAAAUGAUAGAUUAAUGUUCUAUUCUGGGCCAUGAAGUGCAAAAUAAAUAAUACUGUGAGUUUGGAGUGUAAAGUGUAGAGUGUAGAGUGUGUGUGUGUGUGUGUGUGUGUGUAAUUAAUAAUGUUGAAACAGUGCUUUUUAUUUAAAAUCUAUAGUACUUGUAGCUUUCUAAGAUUCUGUUAAAGGGCUACGGAAAGUGGUUUAUUGGCAAAAGGCUGACACCUGAUGGUGGAAGAUAGAAUUGCAUUUGUUUACUUAAACUCCAGUGCGCUUAUAAAGUCUCAUUUUUGCUUCUGCAUUAAGUCUGUACUGUAGGUCUUAUGUAUCCACAUACCCUAUGUAUGUGUAGCUUAUAACGCAGCCUGAUGUGCAUCUCACUAGAAAUGUAAAUACUCCUCAGACUACAACUAUGAUUAGUCCAUCUGCAUUUACACUUUCAUGCUUCCAUUUUUAAUUAGGUUAAAACCUCAUUCUGAUCAUCUCCUAGGACGUCUUCUCUCGUUCCUGUGUUGCAGUAAUUUUAGUAAAAGUGCUUGUUGUUCAACAUCUAUUAACUUAGGCUCCUGCAAAAUCCAAUCAGUUUUCUUUGUCAUGGUUUGUAGUACAUCAAAAACAGUAGAGAGUGUCAAAGAGACUCAGCACAGUGGCAUAGAAACCUCACUGACACCUACAGUGGUACUUCUGCAUAUGAACCUUAAGCCUUAAGACUUUUCACCUUAAGAACUGAAAUUUGGCAAGAAAUUUUCUGCGGGAUAAGAAGCUUUUACGGUACACGUAACAAACUGAGCCAAACCGAAUGGCAGCUACGUACGUCUGUUCAAACCUUCGGGCCUCCAGAACAGAUUAAAUGUGUAUGCUGAGGUUCCACUGUGGUGGUUUAUCAUUGUAACUGCAGUCACACAGACCUACCAGUGCACUAGUGUAAAUGUUCCCAAUGCCGUAGGCCACUUGACGCAGGAGCAUAAAUCAGGCUUAACACACCACUUCCACUUCCCCAGACUUUCUACAGUGUCCCCAGAUCGUGCAUAAGAACAUACACACACACUGCAUUUAAUUUAAAUCAAAUGUAGUGUUUCAUAUUGCCACAUUUAUUAGUUUCCAUGGUACCGCUCUAGCUACAACUUCACAUCGAAUUGGACUUGUAUGGAAACACACCAUUAAUACCAUAGCAACCAAAAAGGUUAGCCUAUCAAUAAUCCAACAACCAACUGCAAUAAAGGGCUAAUCACUUAGCGUUCAACUGGGUUAGCAUAGCCGCAAGCAACUUGAAUACGCUAACAACAUUUUAUUUCUUAAGUACAGAUUUUUGACCCUUAAAUCUUUAUCAUGGCAGACAAAUUGCAAAAGUCUAGCAACCAAAAAAUUUAGCAUAGCAACAUAGCAUAAUCAUUUAACAUUUAAAGAUUUUAACUUUUACAUAUUGUGAACUUUUAGACUUAAGUAUCAUGUGCUUAAUCUGUACACAUUUUAAGAUCAAUCAAUAAAACGGUUUAAUGUUGCUUAACACUUUUAGGAUUUUUCGGCUCUGUCCAACUAACCCUUCUAGGUUAUUCACAAACUUUGGCUGUAUAGAUUUUUUUCACCUUUUUUUUUACACAGGUUUACUUUCGAGCAUAACACCACGAGAGGGAAUAGGUCUAGUAAAAGUGCCAGCAAUGUAGCCGAGUUCAGUUCAAGUUCAGCAUCAGUUCACUGACUGGAAGUGAGCUCGAUAACUAGGCAGCGUGCUAAUUAGCUUUGCUCACCAAAACAAGAUUGCUAAACACAUAAUAGAAGAAUCAAGUGAAGUUUGCUAACGGAGACAGGGAGUGUUAAGUAGAGUUUUAACACAAUGAGUUUAGCGCUUAAACAGGGAAAUCACUUUCUUCUUCUUCUUCACUCUGUAUAUAAAUAUAAACUGUAGAGGAAUCUUUGGGUUUAUUUAUUUGAAAAAUAUUUAAUAUUUGAUAAUGCGCACACACACACACACACACACACACACACUGCUGUUUGACUCUCUGUGAUUACGGAUCCUACAGUGAUGAGGGAAAGGCUUAAAUCCAGUAGGGGGCGUCACACUCUCACAAACUAGCAUUCACAGGUUCCGAUACUUUACAAUGUUUGUGUGUUUCACAUUAUGUAUGAAAGUGUGUUCAAUGCAGUAGUGCUCUCAGUCCACUAUUAACACUGUAGUAAAGCGGUGUUUCAUUAGGAAUGUGUCCCAUGUCAGGCCACAGCUGUCAGAAAGCCUUACUCUCCUCUCCGAGUGUAAGUGGAGCUUCACUGUUCUACUGCAUGAGCAUUCGAUUCUGCAGAUGCUUAUUUUAUGGCAGAGAUAAUACUUUUCUUUGAUCCUGGAACUGUUGGGGCGGAGCUUGCUCUUCCCAAAUACUACUGAUCAUAUUCAGUCUUUACAAAAGUACAACCCUAACCCUAGCAUUUUAGUCUUAGGUCAAGUUUUUAGUUUCUCAGGUGGCUUUGGAACUCUUUGGUAUCACAGACUCUCUGGUUUCUCUCAUACUUGGUUCCUCAGACAGUUUUGUCUGUCAGGUGAUUCCAGGAUUCUGUGCUCUCUCUCUUAAUACUAUAAGUUCAUUUUGAUUAGUUUCACAGAUUAAUCUAUUUUUGGUAUGAUUUGGGUAAAACAACCCGAUGAACAGAAUCAGGCAUGUGUGUUUUAAAGAAGCGUUUCAGAGAUGUUUGAGUAAAAACUGCCUUUUUCUCAGUUUCUCAGGACUUAUACAGCAAUGCACUGAAAUGAUUAUGUAAAUAAGAAUGUAAAUGAGAAUGCAAAAGAGUAUGCACCAGGAGUGCUGAAGUUUGUCCCUGGUUUAUCUUUUGGAAUACAGAUGUACUAUUUGAAAUUCCUUAAUAAAUGAUUAGAGACGUUUAUAUUCUAUAAGCUUAUAGUUUAUUACACAGAAGUGGGUGUUUAUGAGGGGAUUAAUAGGUAUUUUUAUCACUAUUCAUAACCAGAAAUAAUGACAUGGUGUACAUUGUCUCUGAUGUAAACAUUCAUGCUUAAUAAAGAGAGAACAUUCUUAAAAAAA